AUGCUCAGCAAACAGGCGGUGGGAACAACAGCGGUGACGACCGAUGAUCCGACGACUGUUUAUACAACACUUCAGAAUCAACAGUUUCAGGAGACGACGAAUCCUUCCGUGGAUGAUUAUAACGUGACAAGUACGGCGGCUACUUCUGAAGAGGAAGAGCGGAGGAGUACAAACAAGCUCCAACCCAAUGCCGAAUCACUUUCCACUUUUGUGUUCGAAGUGGAUGCGGAUCAUGACGGAAACCUGCAGGAUAUCGACACCGAGGAAUCGAAAAUGCUUCACAACCUCUUCAUACAUUUCGACCCGCGGAAAUACUCCGAGGUUCAGCCGGAGCAGAAAUCCGAACAAGACGACCACGAAACGGCCGGAUCAGCUGUGCACAUCACGUCUUACAUAGCAGACAGCGAGACCUCCAAACCGAUGAGCAUGGAAACCGGCCUAAUGUCUAUAAAGAACAAGACAGAAGGAGCCGACAUGAUAUCCGCCUUCUUCGUAGCACCGGAUGACGAGGUGAACGAAAUAGACAAAAAAAAGUACAACGGAAGACCCAUCGUCGUGACCAACCUCCGGGACGAUUUAAUCAGAGAGGAAAGAUACUCUGGACAAGAAUCAAAAUCAUUGACGAACAACAUUUUAGCUCCGAUACGAGCUGCGGUUUCCCUUUCUCAAGACAAAGAAGAGCCUAUGAUCGAAAAACAAGAAAUUCACGAAGAACCUGUUUACAAGACGUUCAUCGAUAUUCAAAAAUCGAUACCUUAUGAGCUAAAAGAAAUAGAACACAAAGAGCAACCGUUAAAUAAUGAUAUUCUACAUCAAAUGAACUACCAGCGACCUCAGAUAAGAAAUCCUUUAUACUAUAGGUAUCCAAUGUAUUACAUCCCCCAGAGCUACAUCGGUAACUAUAUAAUGCGACAUUCCCACGAAAACACCGGAUUCAGGUAUAUUAGACCGGCGUUUAUACCACUACAGUACUACCUGCGAUACCACCAGAUGCCUCAGGUUCAACCAGUGGCUCACAUCCCUCAAGUCUACAGCGGGAUUAUCCUUGGCAACCCCUACUAUUUGCAGGAUCAGACUGGCGAGACGGGCUACGAAACGGAUCAAAAUGUGUUGCAAAGCGUGCAGACCGAAAAUAAGAUCAACUUCCAAGUGCAGCCACAGCAACAGCAUCAACAAACGCACCACCUUCCUCCAUUCAGGCCAAGCCAUCCGGUCUUCACUUCUCAAUACCCGCCUUAUACAUACCGCGUUCUGUCCACCAUGCGAGGCCGAGGUGCCAGAUCUGCGACGAACAAACAACUUUGCAUAGAAUACGGUGGAUUCAAACCGCCGAUGGUACCUUCCUUGCAGAUCGAAGAAGGCCAAGAAGAAGAUUCCGCCCAAGAAAAAUCUUCAGAAGAAGAUAGCUCUGAAGACAAUUAAUCUUUAUAAAUGAGGUUUAUAUAAUAUGGAGUCGUUUAUUAUAAAAAGGCUAUUUUGUUUAAACAUAAUUACUUCGAAUAGUUUAUUUAAUAACCCCCAAGAUUUUUGACAAAAUAGCCUAUGUUAUAAUAACAAUAGUAACGCUCAAUACUUUGUUUAUUUUUUAUUGUAAAUAUAUUUAACAUGUAAAUUAAA